GUGACAUACAAAGAUAAAUGAAUUGCGCAGUUAUUACGUAGUCCGACAGGAGAAAUGACUGAAUAUUACGGACCUAUCGCAGUUGUUCUGGAUGAAGAUAUCAAGCGUGCUUCAAAAAAAAUUGUAGAAAGUAGAGAGGAGGAUGAUGUCAGACCGCCCGGAGUGUUUGGGUCAGCCCUCAAUUACUGGCAGAGACCGAUCACCGAUUUUGGCGAUAGAGAUCACCAAUGGCUAGCCAGUCUAAAGGCGUCACCCUAUAUAGGUGAAAUAGACUUUGGACGUAAGGAAUGGGCCCGAUCUCGUGAUGCUGUCGAUGCUGUCAUGGAGUUGCUACAAAUAGAAAUGCGAGCCAAGGCUGCAACAGAUUAUGAGCAUCUUAGAAUCGAUUAAUACAUUCGUCAAGGCAGAUCACGA